GGAGAGAGACGCCCGCGGUUGUCCGGACUGCGUUCGUCCAGGAUCAGCGGCUGCGCGGGCGGCAACAUGGCCGAGCCCGCAGGAAAGCGCUUAAAGAGCAGCUUGCCUGCGUGCGGGGCGCUCCGGAGCUCCGCGGGCAGCAGCCGGGCCGGGCACAACCUGCCGGCCGCCGUUGAGGAGGCUCUGUGCGGGGUGAGCAGCCUGCUCUGGGACGGAGCCUACGGACUGCGGGCGCUGGCCAGCGCGUUUGAGCGGGACGACGUCGCUCUGCCUCGCGUAGCUUCUUUCUUCCACCAGGAGGCGCUGAAGCAGCAGGACGAGACCGAGGCCAUGCUGGGCUACCUGGCUGAGAGGGGGGGCACCUACUGCGGCAAAGACAUCCAGAAGCCGGGCUGCCAGGCGGUCCGUGCCGUGUUACCGGCUCUGGAGCUGCUGCUGCUCCAGCUGAAGGAGGAGGCCGGUGUGCUGGUCGAGCUGAGCCAGCUGGCCCGCGAGCACGGAGACCCGCACACCGCCGGCGUCGUGAGGAGCCACUUCCUUGCACCGCGGCUGGACCGCCUCAAACUCCUGGGUGACCUGCUCACCAGCGCCCGCCGGUCGGGCUGCACCAACGACCAGACGGGGGGGUUUGGGGAGUAUAUCCUGAAUGAGCUGCAGGAAGAACUCACCGGGUGAUCGAUCUGCCUCAGGCAAACGGAAGUCUUGGCCGGUAUACGAUACUCCUUUUUGGUAUUUCUCUGCAGGGAGUAAAAGUUUGAUUUUCCUCGCUCUGAAAAAUAAAAAAAUCUGACUUUUUGGGUGACAUUUUGUGAAAUUUGCCAGUUGCAAAUCUUCCCCCAGAGUCAAGAUGGAGUUUCAGUUUCACCUCUCUUUGUGUCCAGUACAGAAAUAGGUCCAGAACGUGUUUAGCCUAGCUUAGAACAGAGACUUAGAGAAGGGGGGAACUGUUAGCCUAGCUCCAUCAAAAGAGGAAAAAAAAUGCACCUUUAAAAAGCUCCUAAGUUGUCUUUUACAUUCUCAGCCGUUUAUUGUUCUCCA